GCUACAAUUCAUUCAUCCGCCGUUGCGUGAGGACGUGCUUGCGCGAGAGCUGCUCUAGCUUGAAAGUGCUAAAGUUGACGUAUAAAGAGCGAGAAGGAAGGAAAGAAAAAAAAUAACACACUACGGUGAGAAAUUCCAUUGCCAACCACCUGGGCCAGGGUUUUGUUCGCAUGUUGUCCAAGUGCAGCGAAUUGCAAUAAUACGUUUCGCGGACGACGGUGCAGUUGGAGUGCAUUUUCUGAAAAGUGAAGAAAGGCUCAAUUUGAUUAAAAUCUUCCCCCGUUGUGUGGCGUGUUCCGUUUCUCUGUCGCGUGCUGUUUCAGUGUAAACAACGGGAACUGCGUGCAAAGGGCGAGUGCAGCGCAGACUAGCGAAGGGAGCGUUUUUGGCCAGCAAAGGGCCUGUUCUAGCUCGGCAGCGGUGCGAUUGUGUAAUUUCCUCGGCGACCCCAAAAGCAGGCGUGCGCUGCUGUGGAUUGUUGUUUGCUUCAUUUCCCCCGAAAUACGCAAGUGCUCCAAACGUCAUCCCGUGUCGGGGUGUCUCGUGGUGGUUAAGAGAUUGUUUUGAUCAGUAGAAAGGGCUGAGUGCUAGUGCCGUGCACAUUCCAGCACCCCCCGUCAGGGAGAGACUCCAACAAAGAACGAACGAAGACAAGAUGCCCCAAUCCGACGGGGGUUACGUGUCGCUUGGCGGUGGUCUCAACUCCAUCUACAACUCGACCACCGAACCGCAGUCCGGCUCGAAAUCGGUGAUGGAAACGGUGAAGCGCGUCAUCGGGACGGCCAUCGGUGCCCAGGACAAGCACGCGCUCCUGGAACGCGAUGGGACCGGAGCCCAACCGUACAUAGUUAGUGCCAGUACUAAUUUCAGAGAUCGCGACAAAACCGGCAAAUCAGCGAACGCCAGAAUGCCAUCCGCACCAGCACACACUGCCGAGGAAGCUCGCCUGCUUGGAGCGAUGCCGGUCGACCCGAUGGAUGACAUUGAGCUGCGCUCGGUUCAGCUACAGUACCCAAACCAGCGAGGCUCGAUAGUCGGCUCGUGCGAUCUGCGGCGCGUACCGACGGACAAGGGUGACAUCCUGGUGGCGGUGCAGGGUGAUACAACGAAGCCAGCGAUUGUGACGUACCACGAUCUGGGACUGAACUAUGCAUCGAGCUUUGCCGGUUUCUUCAACUUCCCCACGAUGCGUUCCUUGCUGGAUAACUUCUGUGUGUAUCAUGUGAACGCACCUGGCCAGGAAGAGGGUGCCCCAACGUUUCCGGAAGACUAUGUCUAUCCGACUUUCGACGAGCUGGGAUCGCAGCUGCUGUUCGUGAUGACACACUUUAAUUUGAAGUCCAUCAUCGGAUUCGGGGUCGGAGCUGGAGCAAACAUUCUGGCCCGGUUUGCCCUGGCCAAUCCGGAUAAGGUUGGAGCACUCUGCCUUAUCAACUGCAGUUCAACGGCGGCCGGUUGGAUCGAAUGGGGCUACCAGCUGCUGAAUACGCGUAAUCUGCGUACCAAGGGCAUGACCCAGGGUGUGUUGGAUUAUUUGAUGUGGCAUCAUUUCGGCCGGAAUCCAGAGGAGCGUAAUCUGGAUUUGGUUCAGCUGUACAAGAGCAACUUUGAGCGUUCGAUAAAUCCAGUUAACUUGGCCAUGCUGAUUGAUGCAUACAUUAAGCGUACGGAUUUGAACAUUGCCCGAACACCUUCCGGUUCACCACAAACUUCUGCCCCAUCAUUGAAGAUGCCAGUGUUAAAUAUUACUGGCGCGUUAUCGCCCCACAUCGAUGAUACAGUAACGUUCAACGGUAGACUAAUCCCGGAGAAGACUAAUUGGAUGAAGAUUUCUGAUUGCGGUCUGGUACUGGAGGAGCAACCGGGCAAGUUGGCCGAAGCGUUCCGGCUAUUCCUGCAGGGUGAAGGCUACGUGUAUAUUUUCUACCAAAAACAGAGAAAAUAUAAAAACCAACCUAUUAUAACGACUAGCUCAUUUGCGAAACAUCAUCCCAUCAAAGACACGCACCUCGCUUUUAUCAGCUACAGCUAUUAAUCGUACUAAUGGUGUUGAGGCAGCACCAACAUUUUCACCGCAUGCUAAAUACCAUACUACCACUGCUACUGCUGCUACUGCUGCUGCUGCAUCAACUGCAAUCAACCGCCACAACAACAACAACAACAACGUUAACAACAAUGAACCGGUGUCGUGUCAUCACCACAAUCAAGAGUUCGACAAGCUGAACGGCAACGUGGCGGGCGGCGGUGGCGGUGGUGGCGGUAGCGCAGAUCUGCAAACCGGCAGCAACGGCAACAGCGUCGGCAUCACAGCAACGGCCAACAUUACCAGCACCGGCAGUGCCUGCAUCGGGGCGGGCAGUGCGACCGGUGCCGCCAUCUAUGAGAACAGUGCCGCACUGCGGGCGAAGAACGGUGCGAUCCGAAUAACCGAGAAUCCGCUGCCCGAGAACGUGGCAUGCUAGAAAAGAGACAUAUCGGGUCGGGAAAGCCGACCGGUGCUGAGAAGCGAACCGGAGGAGGAUCGCGCCCCAGAACGGGACUCGGAAUGGCAGGGAACGGUGGACCAGUCGCUGGACCAGCAGAAGAGCGCGGGAUGCGGAAAGUGCCAGGAGAGUGUGUUUGAGGUGGACCGUGAGGACGAGGACGAGGUGUGGACGAACCGAAGGUAUCGAAUCGAGAAGGUUAUGUUGAAUGCAAUAUUUUCUAUGCAAUUUUAAGUCGAGCGAUCCGAUAACAGGAUUAAAAAAUUCGAACUCCAAUAUCCAAACUCUAAUACACGUAACGCUUUUAAUCGAAGCUUGUGACAUUCGAACAAAAAGAAAACGAAUGCUAAUCAGAAACCAAGUCAUUUUAAUCUUCUAAUCGAUCGAAUCGAAGGAUAACAAAGCAAUAGCAAAACUGCACGUGAUUUGUGUGCGAAAAACAAAAAAUUCUGCAUUAUUCAAUGGAGCGUGCAGAGGCACGGCCUACUUUGAUAGGAUUCAUCAGAUUGAUGUAAAACGACCAAACGAGGAGAGUGCGUGAUGAUCGAUAAAUAUCACUCUUUCAUAACGUAUGUUCUCUGAGAGUUCUCUGUUAUGGUCUUUCGGUUAUGUUCGUGCGGUGUACAACCAAACCAAAUCGCAAAACGCUAAAAUCGAUAUCAAGAGAUGUACAUUUUGUAGAAACGAAAACCAAAACCAGCAAACAGAAAAUCGGGAAAAAACCCCCUUAAAAAAACUAGUCUAGACAGACAACCCCACAGGCCAAUAGCAACACUGUGAACAAAGGAAGGAUGCGCCAAGCGUGUCGAAUGGAAGGGGGAAUGUUAUGGUAAUUGGUGUUUUUUGGCAAAAAAGAAAUGUAUAAAACGAAGGCUAGGCAAAGGGCUUUGAAAAAGCGAUUCAGAAACCAAAAACCGACCCGCAAGAAAGCAGGCGCAGAUGGGUGGCAGUUGCUGUGACGUGAGAUGCAUAUCGUUAAAAAUGGACUAAGAUCUAACACUUAAACACACCAUACACGAGUAGUCCCGUACUCAACCACUAGAUAUCCGCCGUCUGCCGCACGCCGACCGCUAUGCAGUGGAGCGGGAGGACAGCAAACCCGUAGCUUAAGAACUAACGUAAUGAUAAGGAUUAAAAACAAAAUCGAAACUAAUCUGAGAACCGUCAGGUCAGGUCCGUGUGCUUAUGCGAACAGGAAAAGUCUCGUACAGCUGCUUCUGUUAGCCAGCAACAUUUACCCCAACUUCAAGCUAUGUGUUGCCGACCCCAUUGGGGGUUCUUUUUUUCACACAUUCCACUUAAUGUCGUCGAUGCGUUUAGAGAACCCUGAGAACUCCCCGAAUACGUUACACGGAACGAAAACAUAUAAACUGCCAUAGUUUACUUACUUACACGGUUGUUUUCUCCUGAUGCGUGAUCUCUUGGACGGAUGACCAAAAAACCAUCAAACGAAAACAAGCGCAACGAGACGUACGAGCAACGAGCUAGGCAAUGGGAUGCAAGCGGUAGCCAUUGUGGUGGCCACCGUUGUGAAGGAGCGGUUGAUUGUUAGUUAGGUAGGCAUGGAAGCUAAAGCCAUAAGCAAAACGAGCAAAUAAAUGCAUAUUUCUAUUGAAAAUUAAAAUAAUUUAAACACAUUCACACGCCAUUAUUGGUAAGGUGCGAGACCAGAGUAGAUUAAAACAACAUAUUAUUGCAUAAAGUGUACUUUAAAGUCUUGAUUUAAUGUACCCAUUUAUUGAAACCAUGUUUGAUUAAUCAAUACCAUCUUUAUCACGCAUGUUUUGCCGCGCAGUGUAAAAUGAAGAAUAAACGAAUCAAAGAAAUUGUUACUUUAGCUAAUGAUACCCUAGUGUCUAGUGACGCGUAGCGGGGCAACUCUUACUCUGUAGUGAUGUUGACAGUGACACUUAAACUGCUGUAAGUUAUUAUGAAACAUAUGAAAUGCUCUUACAAACACAAAUGCAAUGCAGUCGACCGGGAGGCUACCGCUAGUGGUGAGGACUAGGACUAAGCCGUGGCUAGCAUUGAAGUGAUGGUAAAAAUGAAGCAAUAUUUGGAAAUUCUUUACGGAUUGUAAAAUUUUAAUUUAAACCAAUAAUUUUAUGGAACAGUUUCUUUUCUGAUAUUUACUAUCCUAUGGUUUAGCAAGUCUCUCAAUUUUACCACCACUUCAAAAAAAAGGUCCCUCACAAAACGUGUUUCGCUCACGUAAGCAAACAAAAAUACGUAGACAUAGUAUAGCAGCUACACUAUCUGUAGAUACUUUACAUGUACUAGCUUGCGCCCAUACUAGGCUCUUUUCUUCGCCCUAACAGAAAGGUGAUACACCUUUACCGGCAGCCAGAACGCUUAACGACCUUACGCGGUCAAAGAGUCCGGGAACUAGAUUUCCACAUUCCAAAUGGCAGACACAACCGGAACAAUAAAUGCAGUAGUGGCAAAACCUGGCAGCAAAUCAUUUAGCGUGCAUGUACUAUUAAUUUUGACUAUAGUCGAAACGAAUGUCAUAUGUCCUGUCGACUGUCGAUAGAGGAAGCGGGAUAAUGGCGGGAUAGUCUCGGAUGCGUUAAUAAAUCCGCGCUAGCGAUGCAUUGCUUGCGAUCGUUUGAUUUUAGUUUCUAACCGAAUAAUAAUACCCUUUUGUAACACCCUUUUGAUGUUUUAUGAUGAGUUGAGGCUUUAGAGGGGUUUAUUUCCGCAAACGAAUAGACGAGAGUAUUUCUUACAAUACGCAAACACAAACUGUACUAGCAGUAAGCUUUCGCCAGCAGAUGGUGCAAACUGCAAACUGGAUCUAUUAGAUAUCCGGCUUAGACAGAAUCAUUGUGAUAAGAGAGGCGGACACAGAAUCCAAAGCAUGUGGCUGUAACAUGCGGCAAGGACGGAAGCAAUGCUUCGCCACUGAGUGACGAAUUGUGCGCGGGAAUUGAAAGCUAUGCAGAUUCAAAUGCCAGUUAAACACGAUGAGCAGUAAAAAAAACACACACAUCCGGGAUCUCCGGGAACAGGAUAGCAAGAUUCAUUUAUCACUUGAGUGCCUAAUCAUUGAUUAUUGGAAAAUUGGACAAACAUGAUAGAGUCUUAUUAAGGGGAGGGGAUGUGGGAGAUGAAGAGCAGGUGAUCAGGCCAUUUUGUUGCGAAACGUCAGUUCACACCGGCAACAACAUCUUCGAAAGAUUUGCUUUGGAGUAGCACGCACUAGGUUCUACGUGAAAACUGUCGCCUGCGGUACGAUUUAGCUUAACAAAUUAAGAAAAGAAAAAAAACUAAGGCAUCACGAACAAAGCUAGGUUUCGAACGAGGGACGAUUGGUUUUGAGUUUUGUUCCCGAAGCAUUCGGCUUUCUUCUUACACACUCUCUUUCAUUUUGUAAGGAUCGAUAAAGAAGUAAAACUGAAAGAAAGGUAACAAACCCAAGGGAACCAGGACAUUGGAGUUGAGGGGCAACUUAUAUCCAUGCGCUAAACUGCUAAACUACACUUAGCUGCUACGCACAGCACUAGCUAGCUUACCCGGUGAAACCGAAAUGAACCGUUGUUUGGCGAGCAUCAGAAUACCGAAACAAAUACACAAACGCUUACAAACAAACAAACAAACAAACAAAAUUCAUCAAAACUAAAUCCCAGCGCCCAUGUUGCCCGUAGUAGUAAAACAAGCAUUAGGACGGACAGAAAGCACUAAACGCUACACAACACCACACAAUGCCACGUGAACAUUAGUAGCGAUGAAAGUGGACGAAAACAGGAUGCAAACUUAAGGCAUGGUUGGAAGAAAAAACGAGCAACGCGCGAUUAGUGCAAAACAAGCAUGCAAAAACCAAAAAGCGUGUUACAAAACGCCCUGCAGAAAAUAGAAAAUAAAAAAACCGGUCACAAUAAUGCAAACCAAAUGAUUACACAUAAUGAGCGAAAACAAAACGAAGAAUGAAUAAAACUAACGGUUCUAGUAUGGCAAAAGAACUAAUAAAAAA